AUGAGUCACAGAAUAAAUGUUUUUGUCUAUAUUUGUAAGAUGAAAAAGGAAAUAAAAAUUAAGAAAGAUAUAAUAAAGAAAAUUGUACCAACAAAAAAUAAAUCUAGUAAAAAUAUUAUUGUCAAAUAUAUUUUAUGUGAUAGAAAAAGAAAGAAUUAUAUAAUAAAAAAAAAAUGGAAAAUAAAUUAUAUUUUAAAUAAAACAAGGAAAAAAAAGAAAAAAAAAAGAAAAAAUUAUAUAGGAGAAAAUAAUUCUACUAAAAUAUUUUCUAUUGAAGAAGAUGAAAUUAAAAAAGAAUAUAAUUUAACCAAAAAUCUUUUAGAUAUAAAAAAAAAUAGAGAAAAUAAUUCCGAAUCUUAUAAUCAUUUACUAAAAAAGAUAACUAAAAAUAUAAAAAGUUAUACAAAUACAACAGUAAUAAAUACUGGCGUAGACACUUACAAGAAUGAAAAAAAUGUUUUUCUUUAUGGAAAUUUAUUCAUGAAAUAUUUAAAAAAAUAUGGAAAGAAAAAAAGGAGAAUUGAAAAAAAACUGAAAAAUUUUCAAAGAAGUGAAAUAAAACACAAAGAAAGUAUUUCAGAAAAAAGAAAAAAGAAAAAAGAGGAAUUUUACAACAGUUAUGAGGGUUCUUUUGAUAAUAAAGAAAAUUCUUACGAAGACAAAAACAUUUAUGAAGACUGCUUAAAAAAAAAAGGAUUAAUAUAUGAUAUAUAUGAUUAUAUUAUAAAAAUGAAUUAUGAAAAUAUUAAAAUAUCACUUUCUUCUUGGGUAUACAAGAACAAUAAAAUAAUCGAUAUACUAAAAAAAAAGUAUCAAAAAAAAAGAAAAAUUAAAAAGAAAAAGGAAUCUUUUUGCCACAAAUGCUUCAUUAGGAAAUUUUUUGAUAAUUCUAAUUUGAAAUAUCCAAAAUGUUGCAAUGACUUACCUUUUAAAAAGACAAUAAAAAAUGAUAAAAAUUUAAAAAGUAUCUUAAAAUAUAUCAUAAGAAAGUAUAUUAGAAUAAUAAAUAAUGUAAGAGAGAAAUCGAAUUUGUGUUUAAUUUUUAAAUAUAAAAUUAUAAUAAAUAAUCAGAAUAUUUUUGUAUAUUUUAUUAACUUUCCUCUUUGCAACAUAGAAAGGAAUAAAAUUUUUUAUAAUAGCAAUAACGAGAAGUCUUUGUUGUUUUUAUUUAAUAAAAAAAUUGUAAAUUCAUUGAAAAAUAUUAGUGAUUAUUCUAAUUUUUUAUUUCCUUUUAAUAGCUCAAAAAAGUGUCAAAAGGCACUUAAUUUAAAAAAAAAAAUUAUAUAUUUUAUAAGAAAUAAAAAGUAUUCAUUUAAAAAUUAUAAGUGUAUGAAAAAAGAAAUGAUUAUGAAUAAUUACUUGAAUGAUAUACAAAAAGAUAAAUUUGCAAGUGAUAACGAUAUUAAUAUAAAAAAAAAAAAUAAUAUAAAAUAUGAUUUUACGAAAUAUAAUAAAAAAGAUAUGAUAUUUCAUGUUUUAGUUUUUGAAUUAUUAAUUAGACUUAUAUUUGAAAAUUCUAAAACGUAUUUUACUAUUUUUAUUAGUGGAAUAACUAAUGGUUAUGACUUUUAUAAGAAUAUAUACUACCUAAAUUUAAGUAAAAUAAUAAACGUAAAUGUCAAACUCAAGAAUAGAAUAACAAAAAAAAAUAAAAAAGUUAAAAGCAAAUUUGUAUGUGAUGAUGAAAAUUUACUGAAUAAUUUAUUAAAAGAAAAUAAUAAAUUCAAAAAUGAAAUAGAUGAAAGAGAUAAGAUAAUAAUACAGUUAGAAAAUGAAAUAAAUGAAAAAAAUAUAUUAGUAUCACAAUUAGAAAAUGAAAUUACAAAAAAUAAAGAAGAAAAUGUAGACAAAGUAAAAAUUAUAGAAAAUUUAAAAAACAAAAUUUCAAAAAAAGAAGCGUCAAAAAAAGAAUAUAUAGAUGAAUCUUCACAAAAAAAUAAUAAUUAUUUAAAGAAAUUAUAUAACGAAAACAAUUUAUUAAAAGAAAAAAUAAAAAAAUUAAGCAGUUUAAUUAAAAAAGAUGAAACUUAUUCAAAAGUAUCUGAUAAAUUACUUGGAAAAAAUAUGAAUUCUGAAACUAUGUUAUUGAAAAACUUUGAUAAUAAAAAAGAAGAUGAAAAUGAUAAAUUAAGUUUCUUUUUUAAGGCUUUUGUAGACACUGAACAAAAGUUAUAUAUAGCUGAUGCAGUAAUAAAAACUCAGAAAGAGAUUAUUACAAAAAUUAAGAAGGAUAAAAAUUAUUAUUUUGAAGAAAUUAAAAAGAAAAAAAUUGUUUUUAAAAAAGAACUAGAAAAUUCAUUGGAUUUUAUAUAUUCAGUUUGUGAAGAUAUAAAAACAAAAAAAGAAAAAAUAUGUUUAAAAAAUAGAAUAAAUAAAUUACAAGAUUGUAUAAAUACAUUUUUAAAUGAAUUCGAAAAAGAUUAUUAA